AACACUGAAAGCGCUGUCACCUCGGGUUUUUUUCCUGCUCCGAGGAACCACCAACAUAUUCUGCUGAGCUGAGCGCAAUGCUCUAGCUGGAGCAUGGCGGUGCAACAACUCAGACAGGUAAUGUGGUGCCAGUCCAUGCAAUGAUUUAAAAACAACAAGUAAGUACUUGAACGCGAUCCUGUAACUGACAGGAAGCCAAUGAAGGUCUGCCAAAACGGGUGUGAUGUGGUCAUAACGUCUCUUCCCAUUAAGAAGGCGUGCAGCUGCAUUUUGGACCAGCUGCAGGCGACGGAUCAAACACUUGUCAACACCAAUAUAGAGGGAGUUACAAUAGUCUAAACGAGACGUUGUAAAUAAGUGGAUUAGCUGUUCAAAUUCCUUACUAGGAAGAUAGGCGUUUACCUUCCCCAGAAGCCGCAGCUGGAAGAAGCUUGUCUUGACAACUGAGCUUGAAUGAUAAUGGGACACAUCGACGUCUGCACUCACAGUGCCGCGGACUGUAGGCUACGUAAUGUUACUUUGAUCCGGUUACUUAUGUUGUGGCAGAUAUUUAAGUAAGCUUUCUUAAUGCUAAUGUUAUAAUUGUCAGAUUGCUCUGAAGAUGGGAGGUGAUAUUCUAUUCAUUUUCACGUUCACACAGUCGGUGAUUUGAACUGCAACGGCAGUUUAAACUGUAUUUCCUUUAUCCUGUAAUAUGACUUGAUCGCUUUAAACUCUGCACACUGUUGUUAUCAGCUGCUCCACCAUGGUUUCUACCUCAACCUGUAAUAGAUGUAGGCCUAUCCUUAUUGAAACGGUUACAUUCAAUGAAAAAUUAAAUCAAUGUGCAGGCUUACGUGAACACUGUUCUACAUGAACAAUAUGGGCAGUUUAUACAUUAAAUAAAUCAACAGUAUAGUGGCGAUAUGCUCCAAGUGUAAGCGAUUCGCCAUUAAAGCAAAGAAGAAGAAGAACUCCGCACAGUUGAUCUCUUAUCCUGGAACCUAUCCUGCUCCGGCGCAGGCUAGCCGUUCAGAAUAAGUUAGCCUAUCUAACCCGCUAAAAAGUGAACCAGCUUCGUAGAACCGGAAAUCCCAGAAAUUAGCUUGCUAAACGAAAAUCUUGAUUCGUAGUAUAGGCCCCUGCUCCGGGGCAGGUUAGCCGCACAGCAUAAGUUACCAUGGAGAUCUAGCCCGCUAAAAAGAGAACCAGCGUCGUAGGACCGGAAAGCCGGAGUUUUCCCUGAAGUUAGCCGGCUAAGCGAACAUCCUGCUUCGUAGUAGGCCUAUAGGCCCCUGAGUGUCAAUAUAAUCUUGGCUUGGUUGGUGUUCUUCCUUUCACAAUUUUCUCCUUCAUGCUAUGCUUGUUACGUUAAUCUACCAUGAGAGGAUUGACAAUAGCUUCAAAACACUUUCGUUUACCUGACACUUCUAUCACAUAUGUGAGUGAGAUGGUGCGUUCAAACACCUGCCGACCUCCCUGCUGCUGUGGGAGGAGCUUGUUGUUUGCAAACCUCAAGUAACACCUGCAUGAAAGAAUACCUGCUGCAGUGUGGACUCUUCUUAUUUCUGAGCUACAUUCAGUUUACAGGAGAUGUUUUCUGUCCCCUGCAUGGCUUGAUCAUCGAGUGAUGGGCUGUGGGAACACUAAGGUGCUGCCUGAGGCAUCCAAGAAGGGCUAUGUAAGUGUGGUGCAGUCUCUCGUGGCCUUUAGUAAAGCUCACGGUGAUGAUGAGUCGAACAAGCAUGCAAAGAAGAGAAGAGCUCCAUGGUUUUCCACCGGUGCUAAAAAUCUCCAACCUGCAUCAAGCGGACAGCAGCAGAUACUCAGAGAGGGACGACAGCAGGCAAGAGUCGCAAAGUAUAAGGACAAGUUUGAUCCACGUGUGACAGCAAGAUACGACAUCAAGGCUCUGAUCGGUCGGGGGAGCUUCAGCCGCGUUGUGCGCGUGGAGCACAGGGCGACUCGCCAGCCCUUCGCCAUUAAAAUGAUGGAGGUGGAGGGCCCCGAGGGCCGCGAGGUGUGCGCCUCGGAGCUGGCGGUGCUGCAGCGGGUGAGCCACUCUCACGUGAUCCAGCUGAUGGAGGUGUUUCAGUUCCCGCAGAGGGUCUACAUGGUGCUGGAGCUGGCCACAGGGGGCGAGCUACUGGACCGCGUGGUCAGCAGGGGUCACUUCACGGAGAGGGACGCCACCCAGGCCCUCAGGAUGGUGCUGGCUGGGGUGGCGUACCUCCACAAUCUGGGCAUCACCCACAGAGACCUGAAGCCUGAGAACCUGCUGUACUACCAUCCAGGGGCUGACUCCAGGCUGCUCGUCACAGACUUUGGACUGGCCACUUUUGGCGGCGCAGGGUCCGAGGUCUCAUCCGGAGAUCACUCAGGAGCAGAAACUUGGUCCCUCAGAACCACCUGUGGGACCCCUGAGUACAUGGCCCCUGAGGUGUUGCUAAGUAGACCCUACUCCUGUGCUGUGGACAUGUGGGCCCUGGGGGUGAUCGCCUACAUCGUGCUGAGUGGGUCCAUGCCGUUUGAAGAUGACAGCCGGACGCGCCUCUACAGGUCCAUUGUGAGAGGGAAAUACAGCUUCCAUGGAGAUCCUUGGCCCUCAGUGUCCAACCUAGCCAAGGACUUUAUCCAUCGCCUGCUGCCGUUGGACCCCGCUUCUCGACUGAGCGCAGACCAAGCUCUCCGUCACCCCUGGGUGUCCACCAUGGCAGCCAGUUCCUCCAUGAAGAACCUCCAUCGCUCUAUUUCUCAGAACCUCCGGCAGCGGGCAUCCCGAAGCUCCUCCCGGUGCCCGAGUAGCAACGGAAGCUCUGCGGACUCCACCAAGGUUGGCUUGGGAAAGCUCAUAUCGCUGGAGGGAAACCAAGAGCAGCAGCAGGGCCGAGCAUCUGGACCACAUCCAGCCAGAGGAGCUUCAACGCCAUCCAACUGAAGCACCAGAUUUAUAAGAAGGCUAAUGGAAAGAACCAGCUGCCCCAUGCUCAGUGUGUGUACUAAACCUCAGAGGUGCAAAAGUGCCUGGGACAGGUGUUGUGACGAAAGAAACUUCAGUCAAGCUUCUCUAAUAACCCCCUGAAGGUUUCUACCUCCAGUAGCUCCUCGUGCUCGGGUUAAGCUGUAAGUGAACAUCUUUCAGUUUAGAGGGUCCAGGUUUAUAUUGAGACAGAGCUGUCCACCUCUACAAGGCCUCCAGCCUCCUUUUAUUCACACAGCUCAGACUAAUGGCUCUCAUAUACUUCAUUAUGAGUCACCACAUCACCUGCCUGAGAGGAGGCUCAUACCAGAUAUGAGAAAUAGGAGCUAAUCUUAGAAAGGAUGACGUAAAAGAAGAAGAAACUUGCUUUUUCUUAGAUGUUUUCCCACCAGACAGCAGGAUGAUUUAUCUUUUAUAAAGAAAGAAGCAAAUAAGGCACGCUGUAGUAUUUUCUUUUGUUUUCACGCCUCCUACAUAGCAUCCCCCACAUCACUGAAACAACUGCAAGCACAAAAUAGAUAUUUGGUGACAGGCCGCUGUCGAGUUAAAAUGAGGUUUAAAGAGCCCUUUCUCUCCUCCAUGCAUUAUGCAAGCUGUUAACAGCAGCAUUCUCAAAAUAACCACUUUUCCAGUGAGAAGUUUUAGCGAGUAUAAUAUGCAAAUUACAAGUGAAGUUUAAUCAUGUUUAGCAACAUCACACAUCAUGUAUUAUGGAUUUAUUUCUCUUUUUAUGUUUUAAUCACAUUUGAUGAAUGCUUUUGGUUGCAGAUGAUAAGUCAUGUAUUGGACUGAACCUACAAGGAUUAUUGGAUACAGAUUUGAAAAAGGCUUGGAAAGGGUAAUUAAAACAUCUAAGUAAAAAAGCAUUUUUUUAUUAUGACUACCUUUUAUUUUAUUGAUGUUUUGUGUAUUAACACAAUUGUUUUCCUUUUUCUGAAGAAAAACGUCACCAACAGUCACUCAAUGUUAAAUCGAUGUUCUUAAUUAUCUAAAAAGGCAAUCAAUCAACCCGGUGUUUUUUUGUGCAGCUACAAUAAAUACAAUAAAACAAUUUUAAACUU